GCCCCAGGACCCCGAACUCCAAUGAUCUUUCAGCAGCCCCUGGAGCGUGGCUCCCCGAGUCGGGCCCAACGCAACUCGGGGCUGCCUCGAAGCCUGGACGCGAGCUCCCCUCUCCGAGGAGCUGUGCCCCUGUGCACCAAACGGCGCCUGAAGGAGGAGCAGGAGCCCCAGCGCAAGCAGUUCCUGUCCGAGGAGAAUAUGGCCACCCACUUCUCUCAGCUCAGCCUGCAUAAUGACCACCCUUACUGCAGCCCCCCGUUGGCAUUCUCCCCAGCUCUGCCCCGACUCAGGAGCCCUUGCUCUGAACUGCUCCUCUGGCGCUACCCUGGAAACCUGAUCCCCGAGGCUCUGAGGCUGCUGAGGCUGGGGGACACCCCUGUCCCACUACCCUGCACCCCAGCUGGGGAAAUAAUGGAGCCCUGACGGCCGGCAGACCGUGUACCUGCCCACGCUGCUGCUCCCCCACAACGGGGGAGAUCAACACCCUCAUGAAGGGAACAGCUGCCCUGCUUUUCCUCCAGACCAGGCCUGUGAGCAUCAAGACCUUCCUUCCCCCAACAGAGAAAGACAGAGCCUGGGGUAGGAGGGACAGUAGCAUGAAAAGGGAGGCAUUCUCCCCCGUCCGUCCCCCCCCCCUCCCCCCCCCCCCCCCCCAGAA